GCGGACACUAUCAAGACAAUUCCGAAGAGCAGCAGCAGGAGCAGCAGCAGCAGCAGGGCAGUAGCGACGGCUUCAUUUUCAGCGAAAGCAGCGGCAGCAGCAGCCGGCGGAGCAGCACCACCCCCGCAGCAGCCCCCUCAGCAGCAGCAGCAGCAGCAGCAGCAGCAGCAGAAGAUGGCAGGGUCUGCGGACUUGUCGGAAGUUCCUUCUUUGCUGCGGCAGGCGGAGCAGCUAAUGAAGCCCCCCGGCUUUUUGGGGCAGCUGUUUGGCAAGGAAGCAGAUUACGACUCUGCUGUGCUGCUGCUGCAGCACGGGGAGUGGUACCAGUUCACUGGGGACGAACUGGGGGUGCUGCUGGCCGCCUAUUUGAUGGAUUUGCGCGCCGCCCAAAAUAUAAAAAAAGAAAAACAACUUUUCGUGUCUUCCGUGGUUUCUUCCAAGAUGCUCAAGGCCAUGGCGGAGAAGUACAAACUGGCGCGGCUGUUCCCAGAGGCUUCUUCCUGCUUCAUCAAAGCAGCAGAAGCAGCACAGAAGGCCAAAGACACACACACAGAGGCUUCGAUGUACAUAGAGGCUGGGAACUGCGUGCGGCGGUACUCACUUGCUGCUGCUGCUCCUGUGUUUGAGAAGGGAAUAAAGUUGCUGCUGGCAGCAAACCGAAUUGCUGCAGCAGCAAAAGUGUACCGGCAGCUGGCUGAGGACUGGGAAGCAGCAGGAGACCGAGCAGCAGCAGCAGCAAACUUUCUUGCUGCUGCUGAUCUCUUCGACUCCGACGAAUUCAGCAAAACUCAAUACUCCCACUGCAUUUGCAAGUACGCGGAGUUGGUGGUGUGGGGCGGGGAGGCCCCUGCUGCUGCUGCUGCUGCUGCUGCUGCUGCUGGGGGGGGCGCGGGCGCUGCUGCUGCUGCGCCUGCUGCUGCUGCUGCUGCUGCUGCGACGCUGGAAAAGGCAGCAAAGAUCUUCGAAACGGAGGGCUACAAAGCCUCGCAAAACAACUUGCUGCAGUACGGAGCAAAAGAUUUGUUUUUUAAUUCUUUGCUGCUGCUGCUUGCUGCUCCCCGGGAAGAGCUGGGGGCCCUGGUGGACCUGCAGCUAGCGCUAGCUCGCUACAGGGAGUGCAACGCGCACUUUGCUGCCAGCAGGGAGCAGCAGCUGCUGCAGCAGCUGCUUGCUGCAGCAGAAGAGAGAGACCCCGACGCGUUUGCUGCUGCUGUUGAGGACUUCGACAAAGUCUCCAGACUCAGCCCCUGGAGAAUCCACUUUCUCCUCAAAGCCAAGCAGCAAAUUGCGCAGCAGCAGCAGCAGCAGCAGCAAAUUGCCGGGGCUGCACACAUGCAGCCUGCAGUCGGCGACGACGGAGAGCUCGACCUCUCCUGA